AAUAAAAAAAUGUGCCUGUCUGCUAAACCUCCUCUUGUGUUAAUGUCAUCCCUAAAAAAACGAACAUUCCAGCGUUAAUCUGCGUGGAUUAAAAUCUUAAUACUGCUCUGUGUGUCGCUCAGUUUGACUCGUCCUGUCCCUGUUAUUCCGUAUCCAUUCUACCCUGCGCUAUUUAUCAAGGCUUGGUGUAUUCUAAAGGGCACACGUAGUGUCUGGCGUUAAUCACAGGCUAACUCUAGGAUGGAAGCCAACGUUCCGGUCCAAGAUCCUUUCUCAUUGGUGAUACAACAGCUGCGCAAAAUCAAUGCGGACCUUACAUCCCUGAUUCAGAAAUACGUACAGACACAAGGAUUUGCUAACCUUGACAUCCCCAGAGAGAGUGCAUCCAUGGAUGUUGUGAACUGGACAGAAAUGACAGCUGAACAGAGAUUGCUGGCCAACCUCAGUGCAUUCCUGGAAUUAGAAAGACGACUAGAGAGAGUGAUUGAGGAGCAGAAGGAACUCCUGCAUCCACAAGAACAUGUUUUGCAUGGAGAUCUCCACAAUAUGUUGGGACAAGUAGCAGCCCUGAGGGAACAAUUGGAACAGAUUGGAGAGAUUUUUGGACUGAACAGAGGGAACUCAUCAGACACAGAUGGGAUGGGAGUAGUAGGGGGGAGUGUAUUUGAUAAGAAGGAUCCAAUACUAGGUGAGAGUCUACCGGAGCAAGGAAGAGAGUACCAUAGGAAUGGCGCAGCCCUAGAGAAAUCUUGCAGGUGAGCGUCAGAUGUGCGAGUAUGAACAGAGAAUAGAAUUGGGGUGAUGGAUGUGUGCUUGAAGGGUAAAGGAAAUGUGCCAGAGAGAGAGAUAUUUUAGUGCGGGGCAGAGCGGGAGAAGGAGACAGAGCCUGAGUGAGAUGUGAAGGAAUAAGAUUGAGGGAAUAAGUGAUGGGGCUGGCGGACUGAAGCAGAGCAAAAGCCUCUGCUGGCAUCGCGGGUACAAGUAAACAUAGAACAGAGGAGGGAGCAGGUUUGUGGGAAGUAUUGGUAGGGGUAUGUGAGAGAUUAGAGAUUUCUUUCCUGAUUGCAGAAAUCUUCCCAGUGAAGUGAGUUGGUAGGAAAUGGGGCAGCAAUAGUGCAAAGUUGAGAAUUAAAAGUGUGAUCGAGGCAUUUGGGUUCUCGGAAGAGCAUGGUUAUGAGAGAAUUCAAGUAAUUUUCUUUCGCAGAGGAAAGAGACAAACUUAAUCAGAGCUCAGUCCUCUCACAGGGCUCUACCUGAGUCCGCCCACAAGGAUGCAGUACUGAAUGUGGUGUGUAAAGGGGAUGUAGAAUUAGAAUGUGUGUAAUGUAUGCAGAGUGAGUGGAAAAUGGAUACAGUGUGUAUAGUGGAUGCCAAUUUUACAUUUGUGUAAUGGAUGUAGUGUUUGUGUGUAUUAGGAACAGUGUGUGCUGUGGAUGCAGUGUGUAUAGUGAACGCAGAGUGUGUGUUUGUGUGUAGUGGAUGCAGUAUUUGUGUAUAGUGAAUGCAGAGUGUGUGUUUGUGUAGCGGAUGUAGUGUAUGUAUUAAAUGCAAUGUCUAUUUAUAGUGAAUGC